AUGACUGUGGCCAUCUCCGUGAGUCUGCUCAGCGGCAGAACCGUUUCUUUGGAAGCGGAACUGGACCUAUCCAUCAAGGAGUUGAAGCAGCGUGUGCAAACGGUUCUGGCAAUUGGCAAGGGUCGGCUGUUUGAUGUGUCCGGAAACGUCCUGGACGAUGCAUUGACAAUCGAGAAA